CGAGCGGCAAGCUGCAGAAGUAUUGUGAGUCGUAAUAAUUAGAACUUUCUUUGUGAGAAAAGUAGUUAUACCGAUUUCUUGUCUUGACAUUAAAAUUAGGGGUAUACUAUUUUUUAAUAAACAUAAAUAAAAAGGACAUGAAACUAAGCUCUUUUUUUGUCGUACCUAGACAAAGAAAUGUAAAUAUUAUCACCAUUUGACCUUUACGAAAAUACACUUGAGUUUUGACUUUGAAGUCCGCUAGGGCUAUGUUCGUAAAUCAAGUAGUUUUGUCUACUUUAAAAGAAAAUUACACCAGUGUCUUAUCAUCAUUCAGUGUACACGAAUCGUUAUUUUGCAUCACAGCAAUACAUCUUUAUAUAGUUUAUGAGGUUUUGUUGCCGCAACCAAUAAAAUAUAUCGUUACAUGUUCAGAUCAAAGGAAGAAAGAAAAGAUUUCAUCCAUUAACGUUCUUUCCUUGGGAAUUCGUAAACUCAACUAGAAAACAAAAUGGAAUCGGACGAUUUCAAGUCCAACAAGUACGACUACCUGGACACAAUCUCUUCUGAAGAUAUUAUAGAAGAUAUAACUUAUAUGAUAAAAAAUGGAGGUUCUAUUAACGAACCAUUUGAUUGGACAUUUCCAAAAUUGAAAGGCUCAACUCUGCUUCAUUUUGCUGCUUCUAAAGGUGACACUAAAUUAGCUUCGAUGUUGAUUCAUCAUGGUGCAAGCAUUGCUGUUACAGAUUCAAAGAAGACUACUCCAUUUCAUAUUGCUUUUGAAAAAGCUUAUAUUCAUGACAGAGAAUUGGAUCAGUGCUGGUUUAGAGAUUAUCAAUUCUCAGGUAACCCAAGUGAUCCUUAUGGAUUAACGUUUUUUCAUUUGUACAGUGCAACCAAUCAAGUUGACAUGUUAGAAGUUUUAUUGAAAAGAAACUGUAAAAUUGAUAUGGCUGUCAAAAGUUAUUCAUUUUUUUGGCCUGGAUUUACAGCUUUACAUUUCGCUGCCGCAUUUGGGUGUAAAAGAUCUUUAAAAUUUUUAAUUAAUAAAAAUUCUGACAUCAGAUUAAAAAACACAUUGGGACAAACUGUUUUAGAUCUAGCAGUUAUCAAAUUAUUAGAGGCAACCUCAGCUGAUCCUUACACACUCAAAAUAACACAUUAUGAUUACGAGAUAAUAGAAAUUAUUCUUGAAAAAUUUGAGCAAGACAGAAUCACCAACCUAGGAAAAGGAUUAACUCUUUUCCAUUUAGAAUGUGCCAAAGGAGAAAAUAAAAGUUUACUAAAAAAAUUAAUUAGCAAAUCUAAUAUUAACGUCAAUGAGAUUCUGCCAGCUGAAUCACCAAUUUGGGCUGGAUUAACACCGAUAAAAAUAGCAAUACUUCAUAAAAAUGAUCAUGUAGUUUCAUGGCUUGAAAAUCAUGGAGCUUACAAUCAUACUAAUGAUGUAGAUGUUGUUGAAUCAGAAAUUUUAUAUACACGACGUGAAGAUGAAAGUUCCAAAAGCACACUUAAUCAAGCAAUCCCACGAAGAAAAAAUUUAUUUAAAAAACCCAAACAUCUAAAACCUAAACUGAAAGCAGGAUAUCGAAAAAGUAAAAUUAAACGAACAAACAAAGAGCAUCUUAGAAGAAAAUUUCGUCCCAUUCAUUUAAUUACAUAGAUUCAAGAUUGUAAAGAGGAAUGAUGGAUACUAAUGAUUUUAAAUGAGAACUGAGGUAAUGAAAUCAAUCGAGUACAUUGAAUAAUAUACUUAUUUUUUGAUAGUUUGAUGCUUUUUGCAUUUAAGUAUGAUGAUGU